AUGAAGGUUCUCAUUCCUCUCCUGACGGCCAGCAUAGCUAGUGCCCACACCAUUUUCUCGUCCCUCGAAGUCGGCGGCACGAAUCAGGGCGUCGGCAACGGCGUUCGCGUUCCCUCCUACAACGGCCCUAUCGAAGAUGUGACCUCCAACUCUCUCGCAUGCAACGGCGCUCCCAACCCCACGACGCCCACUUCCAAGGUCAUCAUCGUUCAGGCCGGGCAGAACGUCACCGCCAUCUGGCGUUACAUGCUCAGCUCCACCGGCUCUGCGCCCGCGGAUGUCAUGGACAGCAGUCACAAGGGCCCGACCAUUGCGUAUCUGAAGAAGGUCAGCGACGCUACUACCGAUUCUGGCGUCGGAGAUGGCUGGUUCAAGAUCCAGCAGGACGGCUACAGCGGUGGUGUUUGGGGGACCGAAAAGGUCAUCGACGGCCAGGGACGUCACAGCAUCAAGAUUCCAGAGUGUAUCGCUCCUGGACAGUAUCUCCUUCGCGCGGAAAUGAUUGCCCUGCACGGUGCUGGCAGCUACCCGGGUGCCCAAUUCUACAUGGAAUGUGCUCAGAUCAACGUUGUUGGAGGCACUGGCACCAAGACUCCCUCGACUGUCAGCUUGCCUGGCGCGUACAAGGUUAGCGGUUACUGGCCCCCGGUUGAGUCCUACACGAUUCCCGGCCCUAGCCUGUUCACGUGCUAG